AGCAAUAUAAAAGCUACAGCGCUGUUUACUGUUCUUCCCUCGCUAUCUUUUGAUCCGCUCGUCCAUCGCUUAGCGUCUUGAUCUCGAGGGAUUUCGGGCAAUGGCGUUCAUUCUCCUCCAUGGAACCCUCCAUGCCACGAUCUACGAGGCCUCGGACCUGGAGCACGAUCACAGCGCCGGGGGUUUCUUCAAUAAGAUUAUCGGAGGAAUCACUGGCGAUGGCUCACACAAGUUCUAUGCCACUGUCGAUCUGGAGAAGACUCGCGUGGGCCGGACGCGCAUGAUUGGAAAGGGCGAGUCAUGGAACGAGAGCUUCCACAUUUACUGCGCACACAAUGUUUCCAAGGUGGUGGUGACCAUCAAGGACGACAAGGCCAUCGGGGCGGUGCUCCUGGGCCGAGCUAGCAUCGAGGUCUCGGAGCUCCUCAGCGGCGAGACUGUGGAGAACUGGUAUGAUCUCUACGACGACAACGGUGAGAAACGUGGCGACUCCAAGGUCCGGAUCAAGCUCCAGUUCCACGAGGCCACCAACGAUCCUCGCUUUGGCCGAGGACUUUGCGAUGGAAGGAAGUUCCAGGGGGUGCCUUUCACGUACUGCCAGCAGCGGAAGGGAUGCAAGGUGACGCUCUACCAGGACGCUCAUAUGACCGAGAACUUCCUGCCCGAUAUCAAGCUCGCGGGUGGUGGGAAGCAUGCCGAGACCAGGUGCUGGGAGGACGUCUUUGAAGCUCUCACCAAUGCCAAGCACCUCAUCUAUAUCACCGGCUGGUCCGUCUACACCGAGAUCAAGCUCAUCCGAGAUCCCGAGAGGCAAAUCCCCGGCAGCUCUGGCGUCACUCUCGGCGAGCUUCUCAAGAGGAAAGCCGAGGAGGGAGUUCGUGUGCUCAUGCUGGUGUGGGACGACAGGACGUCGAUUCCCAUCGUCAGGAUGGACGGGCUCAUGGCAACUCACGACCAGGAAACUCUCGACUACUUCAGGGGCACGCAGGUCAAGUGCUUGCUGUGUCCGCGCAAUCCAGACGACGGCCUGAGCGUGGUGCAAGAGUUCCAGAUCGGCACCAUGUUCACUCACCACCAGAAGACCAUCAUUGUCGAUGCUCCUCUCCCGGGAGCUCAGGGUGAUUCGCAGCAGCGAAGAAUUGUCAGCUUCGUGGGAGGGAUCGACCUCUGCGAUGGACGCUACGACAACCAGUACCACUCGCUCUUCCGGACGCUCGAUUCCUACCAUGGUGACGACUUCCACCAGCCAAAUUUCCAGACCGCGAGCAUCAAGAAGGGAGGGCCGAGAGAGCCGUGGCAUGACAUCCAUUCCAAGCUCGAGGGGCCGGUUGCCUGGGACGUCCUCCACAACUUCGAGCAGCGGUGGCUGAAGCAGGCGGACGAGAAGGACUUGCUGCUGCCAAUAAGAGAAGUCAGCGACAUCGAGCCCCCGGCCGAGGUGACUUUCCGGGACGAUCCCUCGACAUGGAACGUUCAGCUGUUCCGGUCUAUCGACGGUGGUGCCGCGGCAAACUUCCCCGAGGAUCCAGAGCUCGCGGCCAAGGCUGGGCUUGUGAGCGGCAAAGACAGCACCAUCGACCGCAGCAUCCAGGACGCCUACAUUCAUGCCAUCCGGCGAGCAAAGGACUUCAUCUACAUCGAGAACCAGUACUUCCUUGGGAGCUCGUUUGCGUGGGACACUGACACCGACGCCGGUGCGUACCACUUGAUCGCCAGAGAGCUGGCUCUCAAAGUCGUGAACAAGAUCGAGCAGGGCGAGCGGUUCGUCAUCUACGUGGUGGUUCCAAUGUGGCCUGAGGGACUCCCCGAGAGUGGACAGGUGCUCGCCAUCCUCGACUGGCAGAAGAAGACGCUGGACAUGAUGUACAGGUCGAUUGCGCAGGCUUUGGACGCCAAGGGGAUCACCGACGAGAGUCCAAAGGACUACCUCACUUUCUUCUGCCUGGGAAACCGAGAGACGCCGCAAGACGGCGACUACGUCCCGCCGGAGGCCAUCGAGGAGGAGGCAACGAACUACAAGGGAGCACAGGAGCACAGGAGGUUCAUGAUCUACGUUCACUCCAAGAUGAUGAUCGUGGACGACGAGUACAUCAUCGUCGGGUCGGCCAACAUCAACCAGCGCUCCAUGGACGGCGGCCGCGACUCGGAGAUCGCCAUGGGAGCGUACCAGCCGUUCCACACGUCUCACCACCACGCUCCUCGCGGCGACGUCCACGGCUUCCGGAUGUCGCUGUGGUACGAGCACCUCGGCAAGCUGGACAACGCGUACCUCCACCCCUCGAGCUUGGAGUGCGUGAGGAAGGUGAACGAGCUCGCGGACGAGUACUGGGCGAUGUUUGCCGGCGAGGAGGUGGUGGAUCUCCCCGGGCAUUUGCUGAGCUACCCGAUUGGAAUCACGACCACUGGAGAGGUUUGCGAGCUUCCGGGGCGAUCGCAGUUCCCGGACACCAAGGCCAACAUCCUGGGAGCGAAGUCGGAUGUUUUGCCACCUAUCUUAACGUCUUAGAGUGGUGUGAUCUUAGAACUCUAUGUUAAUUUUAAAAGUCAACUAUCGUCAACAGAAGUCAAAGUAAAAAAGUUGACAAGAUAAUCGACAUGUCAAUGUAAGUCCUA